CUCAAAACCUGACAUUUUCCUGGUUCAUUUUCUAAAAAUGCAGAAGCAUUACCAGACCAUUUUGUUUUUGGUUUUUCAUUCUAGUUUAAAUUGCUUAAUUGUAACAAAUCAAUCAUUUCUUUUUAAUUGUGGACAAUGAAAAGACAGCGUUAAGUACCGGUUCGUCAAUGAAGUGAACUGCUAGAUAAAAGGGAGGAGAGGGAGUACCUCAUGACAGGAUCAACGAUACACACAAUACAUGUUGCUAGUUGAAGUUCUGAUUUUGCGCUUAAUCAUACUUACACCAUGAUUCCAACCGAGUUCACGAUACACAGCUUGCCAUGGAGAUUUUUGUUGGAUUAGUUGUCGUGUUGUGUCUCCAUUCUGGGAUAUAUGGCGACAAGAACGGGGGGAUGUCUGAAGACGAGAAACUAGAGGCAUUGGAGGAGCGAUUGUUUGAGCAUGUGUUACAGGAAUACCCAGAAUUCGCUACAGUAACCGGAUGUGAUGUGUAUGACCAAAGCCUGACAGAAUAUACACAGGAAGCAUUCUCAAGGAGAAAGGUUGCUAACGAAGCUCUGGUUACUGAACUCCAUUCCAUCACCUUCCACAAGCUUUCCAGACAGCACAAGAUGAGAUACACAAUCCUCAUGGAUCACUUACAAACUUUCCUGGAGGGAUACAAGUGGCGAAAAUUCGGGACACUUAAUCCAAUCAAUGUGAUGGAGUCAUUAUUUUCAAAAAGUAGCAGCUGGUUUUUGCCGAAAGGAGACUUACAAAAACAUUUUAAACGAUAUCGCGGACGAUUCGUUGGUUAUCCAAAACAGGCAGCAGACCUUAUCAACCUUAUGAGGAGGGCCAUAGAACUGAACAGAACAAAUCAUAUCUAUGCGAUGGGACGCACACACGAAAUGAAUGAAUGGUUCAAUAAUAUGAUGUUGUUAUUUCGGAAGCCGGAAAGAUUCUAUGAAAUACCGUCAGAUGACCAAAUGGAAAUUUACCAUCUGUUGAGUAAGCUCCAAGACACUGUAGAUACUGUUCGGAGGUUCCUUAUGAAUGAGUACCUACCGAACACAAGACCUGAGCCGGGUGUGUCGUCACUACCAGGAGGACGGGAAUACUAUGAGGCGUGUCUCAAGUUUCAUACAGGACUACCACUGACAGCUGAAAAGGUGCAUGCUAUUGGACUGAGAGAAGUGAGACGUAUCCGCUUGGAGAUGCAAAAGGUGAUGGAUAAGUUAGAGUUCAACGGAACAUUAAUUGAAUUCUUUCAUCAUCUGAAAACUGCUCCUGGUCUAUACAACCUCACACAGGAGGAACUGAUAUCAGAAAACGAAUAUAACAUUCAUGAACUGAUUGAACCUCGAUUAUGGACCGUAUUCAAAGACAUAGAGCACGUUCCUGUCAGAGUUGAAGGAACAAGAUUAGCGAGAUUUCCGUGGGGAGGAUAUAAUAACGGAACCUUCGGCGUGAAUAUUUUGAUGGCAGAAAAAAAACCGGUUUUCAUAAUGAUGCCACUAACCCUACACGAAGCUGAUCCCGGUCAUCACUUUCAGAAUAUUUACCCGAAUGUCCCCGACCUACCGAAGUACCGACGCUGGAUCAAGUUCGGCGAGUGGCACGCAGUACCGUUCAUGUACCCUUCUUUCACGGCAUACAUAGAGGGCUGGGCACUAUACAGUGAAUACCUGGGUGAGGAGAUGGGACUUUACAACGAUACGUAUACUCUAUUUGGACGAUAUGUGUUUGAGAUGUUUCGAGCCAGUCGUUUAGUUGUGGAUACGGGUAUACAUGCGUUUGGAUGGACCAGGGAUGACGGCGUAGAAUACAUGAUGAAGUUUACUGGCUUUCCAAAGGAAAUACUUCAACGUGACGUCAACCAAUUUAUCGCGUGGCCUGGUCACGCAUGCGCAUAUAAGAUUGGCGAAAUGAAAAUCAAAGAGCUCCGCAAUAUGUCUGAGAGGAGAUUGGAAAGUCUGUUUAGCGUGAAGGAGUUCCAUGACGUCAUACUAAGAAUUGGCCCAGUGUCGUUGGGAGUUCUUGAGGACGUCGUGGACGAGUGGGUGACCGAGACAUUAUUGUUAGCCACUAGUGUCGCCAAUAUCACAAAAUCUGUAUCUGUGUUACAUGCGAUAGUCCUGUUUUGUCUUGUCAAUUUUCUCAACCAGGUGUUAAUGCCUUAAACUGACCCUCGUCAUAAUCUCUCGUCGUCUCCUUCAACUAGGUCAGAGAUUCGUCGACAGGCCCUGCGUAUUGCCUCGAUAACUCAACAUGGAGUUCAUAAUAUCAUAUUCUGACCCUGAGCACUAAUUGUAAUUGGUAACGCUUUGAACUACGUCAUAGAACGCUAAGCGUAAUUGACACAGCCACCAGGUCGGACCACUAUAACCAGAUUCCAAUCACGCUGUCUCGUCAUCACUCUGAACAAUACCAUAGUUCUAUAACAUGCCACAGGUCGUCCUGCCGUAUCUACCCUCAACGACAACAGCCAGAACCUGGUCGCAAUAUCAUUACAUCUAACACGGUUAUAUGUUGUCUCGUCAGUGCCUUCCACGAUGUCUGUGAUCGCCAUUCAGCCACUGUCUUUAAUAACAUCUACGUUCAUGUACCUGCCGGAUUAAUGCGUUGUACAAUUCUUAAAUAUUUAAGUCUGUCUUCUUACAUUGGUGUGACUUGAGCCGCUCGUUAAUUUGAAACUGUUUGUUAUGUACAUUGAUUGGUUUGGGUCUCGUAGGAUCUGUAGUCGGCGUGGGUUGGAGUUACAUCCAGCGCGGCAACCAGACCAGGACAGUGUGCACGGCUUAUGCCAAGACAUGACUAUUUUAGCGAUUGUGCUUCAUACUGGGCAUCUAAGUGUUUGUAGUAGGCUUGACCACAUUAACCAUCCUUUUACGGCUCAAGCAGCUUAUCAACAAGGACGGCGGUCAUCUAGGUUUCGCGCACCUCACAAAAUCGUAUGUUAAUACAAUGUUUUCCAAUUGUGUCAUUCUGUAUAAAAUUGAAUAUUUAUUUGUAUUAUAACUGAAAGAUUCUUAAAAGAUUCUUAGAAAGUGGCGUAUAACAUUACAUUUGAUGUUUUCCUGUUGAAUAAUAUUUGAAUUAAACCGGUGUAAGGUUUAUUUAAUUAAAUAUCUUGUUAUACAAUGUGACUUUAUCGAGGUCUGUUACGUUUCUAGUAUUAGAAAACAGUAUUCUCUAAUUCGUCCUCUCAGCCGUAUAUAAGUACCUUGUCAUCAAAAAUAUCACCAUUUCGUAUUGGACGGAGCCGUUUUAUUUAGCAACGUAAUUCAAACUUGUGAUGCAAAUGAAUAGAGUUAUCUUUUUCUCGUCCGAAGGACGGAGAUAUCCUCACUGCCGGGCAGACGAUAACUAAUUGGAUUUGCUGGAAACAACACCACUUGUAUUUGAGAUUGAAGAAAGAUAAGCAUUCCCCACUUUGAAAGCAAGACAGAUAAACCUCGUUUAAGAUUUUUCUGUCAAACCCGAAGGUGGGGAAGGAUUCUGUUGGUCUUGUUUUUAUCCUGGUCAUAUCUGUGUAUCCCUUCCUGACUCAUGUUCCGUAUACACUUGAUACAAACAUAUAUUGUUAAACAUUGUUUAUUGGUUGUAUGUUUGUAUAUAA